CUAUAUGGGGCAGCGUCUGAUCGAAUGGGGCGUCAGUCACCGUUUGAGCUCAACAACGGCCAGUUCUCGACGAUCUUUAACAGUGCGAAAAGUGCGAAGUGUGUGUGUGCAAAUAGGGUAUAUAAACAAGGAGAUGAGAUUGCUGUGGUUAUUGCUGCUGCUGCUGGGUGGCACGCUGAGCGGCGCCCAGGAUGCGGCCACCGUUGUUAGUGGCGAUGAGGCGGCAGACACCGUCAAAGGAUUAACGGAUACAUCAGCGACUACGUCUGCGGAUAAUACAACUGCCACUGCCGAUGCUAAGCCAAAGUUUCCCAGCGAGGAUUCGAUACUCUCCCAGCUGCCACCUUUGCAGCAGACGCGCAGUGGAAUUCCUUCGGUUGACGCCUUUUAUUCAAUGUUUCCGGCGUUGAGCAGCCUUUUGCGUUGGGGCAGCCUCUUCCCCGCCCAGUCUGUGCUGGGUGCCGUGCCAGAUACACUGCAGCCAGCCGCCUCGAAGGUGGUGCUGGUGCUCGCCGACGAGGCCAAUGGCCACAAGUCGCGUAGGACGCGUCAGGAUACACCGGCGCCGACGCCGGCUGCGCCUGCAGCACCGGGUGCCAUGUUACAGCAGUUCCUUAGCCAGAUGCCGUCGCCGGCAAAUUUGCAACAGAUGAUGCCACAAUUGCCCACUGGCUGGCUGCCCGACAACUUCCAAUUGGGCCAAAUGCCACCGAUGCCAGACCUGGGUCAAAUGCCACCAAUUCCACCAAUACCAGCAAUUCCACCAAUACCAAAUACCUUUAAUCUGGGCCAGAUGGCACCAAACUUGGCCAACCUAGGCCAAAUGCCCAACCUAGGCCAAAUGCCCAACCUUGGCCAAUUGCCCAACCUUGGCCAAAUGGCCAACCUUGGCCAAAUGGCUUUCCUCGGCCAGGCAGCACCUGUUCCUGAAGCGUCAACAACAGCCGCUCCCCCCACACCCAAAUCUGAUGACCCGAGCCCGCCAGCGCCCAGCGUGGCGCAAGCGGCGCCUCUAUUUGGUGGCCUUUUCGAUGGUGGCAAUAAUUUCUUGGGACCACCCGACGCCCUAAUGGCCGGACUGCGUCAAUUUAUCCCCGGCGGCGUAGUGGCUCCACCCGCUCCAGCCGGCUCAAGCGCCCAGGCCUCCGACAUAUCGGAGGUACGCGUGAAGCCAGCGGGUGAGCCCAUCAUGAGCUAUAGGUCGCCACAGCAGACGGAUGCGCAGCUGUCGCAGUUUAGGAUUAAUACAGCGCUGCGAAUGCAACAGCGGGAACAAGAGCAGGAUAAGCAGCAAAUGCCGUUGGUCUGGUUGCGCAUGCCCACAGAGGAUACAGACACCACCAAAACCCAAACGAAAACCGAAACCGGGGACAAGACCGACGAGCCGCAUAAGCCCAGAGAUCGUAUGGAGAUCGAGGCGAGGCUGCACGCCUUCCAGCGCCAGGUGAUUGCCGAGCUGCAGCAGUUGCAGCACAUCGAGCGCCUCGCCCGGGAGAUGCGCGCCAGUGCGCAGGGAGCAUCAGUUACGCCCACCUUCAAGCUGCGCUACCCGCUGAGCCGGACGCCCGUGCACAAGAUCACCCGUGCGGACAUUGAGGGUGCCCUGCGCGACGACUAUGUGCGCCGCCUGCUGCACAAGGAGGCGCUGCGCAAGACGAAUUACAAGCGACAGACAAUGGAGCAACAGUCCAUGUCCAAAGAGGACAUACUCAAGGUCAUGGCCUAUGCUUAUCGCGUGGCCAGCGAAUCCGCCGAGAAGAAGGCCAAUGAGGAGAAGCGUCAGCGUCAGUGGGAGGCGGAACAACCGAAGAUGCAACAGAAGCCUAUGAGUAUGCGCAAGUGGGAGGCGGAAAACACCAAGGAGCAGCAGCCCCAGAUGAUGCAGCAACGUCAAUGGGAGGCGGAACAAGCGAAGAUGCAGCAGAAUCCAAUGAGUAUGCGCCAAUGGGAGGCGGAAACCUCCAAGGAGCAGCAGCCACAGAUGAUGCAGCAACGUCAAUGGGAGGCGGAGCAAGGAAAGAUGCAACAGCAGCAACAAAAUCCGAUGACUAUGCGCCAGUGGGAGGCGGAACAGGCCAAGGAGCAACAGCAGCGCCAAAUGCAGGCGGAUCAGCAGACCAUGGAGCAAAACAAACGCAUGCAGCAGCAGCAACAGGAGGCGAUAAUGCAACAGCGCCAAUGGGCGGAGGAGCAAUCGAAGCAACAGACCCAGCAGGCAAUGGAUGCCAUGAUGAAGCAACGCCAGUGGAUGGAGGAUCAGGCGAAGCAGCAGGCAAAGGAUCAGCAAAGCAUGAUGUUGAGACAAUGGGAGGCUGAACAAACCAAGGCACAGCAGAUGCAGCAGCAGAAGCAACGCCAGUGGAUUGAUGAGCAGGUUAGGGCACAAGUACUGGUGAAACAGCAGCAAAAGCAGGUGGAGCAGCAACAGAUGGAGCAGCAGCAGCGCAUCUCCGACGAACAGCAGUGGUUCGAUGAAAAGAUGAGAGCCAUGCAGCAGCAGCAGCUGCAGAAGCCCGAUGGUGACGCUAUGUUGGGCGAGGCCAAGCCACAGAUGCCCACCACUGGUGGACAGGCACGGCAUAAAGUCGAUUUGCUCGGCCUGGGCGGGGAUCAUCGCAAGAAGGCCACAGCUCAUGCGGCGCCCGCCAUCAUCAACUACUAUCCGAGUGCGCCCGCUCCCGUCUAUGGCAACGCUCCCAGCUAUAGGCCCAGCUAUAGGCCCAGCUAUAGGCCCAGCUAUAUGCCAAGCUAUGGCACCAGCUAUGGCAACGGUGGUCAAGGCUCCAAUGCCUACGGCGGCUAUCGAGCAGCCGUUGGCGACGAGCAGAUUGAUUCCAUGCUGCGCCAGCAUCGCACUAUGGCGACAAUAAAACCAACCGAUGCCCAAACGAAGACCAACCACCCAGCAACAGCAUCCAACACCCCGACGAAGACCAGCACCAGCAGCAUUAGUACCAACAGCCAUCGUAUAGAGAAAAGUCAAACAUCAGUAUCAGCGUCAUCAUCACCCGCAUUCGCAUCAGCAUCAACAUCAGCACCAGCAUCCAAUACAUCAACAUCCUCAUCCGACGAUCCCGCAGUGGGCUCCAUUAUGGACUUCGACGAGGGCCUGUUGCGGCCCUAUAUGGGCCUCUUGCCGGUGGAACAGCCGCAUGAUCCGUGGCAUCAGAAAACCUACAAUCUGCACUAUCCGCUCUAUCGUGGUGGUGGCAGCUAUGAGGCGUAUCUAAGGCCACGUCGCGACACCCACAUCACCCAUAUGGCGCGCACCCAGCAGAUGCUCACGCCCGACAUGCUGCAGCGUCUGCUGCGCAUCAAGAUCGAGUUCCAGCGUCGGUUUCCCCAUCUCUACCAGGGCAUGCUCAAUCAUCAUACGAAUCGGACGCGAGUGGUGGUUAAGCCACCGCUGCUGGUGCCCCACAAUAACACCAGUAGGCCGCCCAAGCUGAGCGAGAUGCCCGUCUUUGAGCUGGGCGCGGCCGAGCGUGGCCUAUUCGAGGACGAGAACGACUCGAUGCUGGAGCCGGGGACGGAGACCAGUUCCGAGGCGACCACCGAGACGACGAAGGAUGCGUCUAGCGAGCGUAUCUUUAAUGAGGAUGACCACGACGACGAUGUCGACUAUUUUCGUUUCGAGGAUAACGAUGAUGACGCUGAUAAUAACGAAAACGAACACAAUAACGAUACUGAUAUUAUUGAUGAUUAAAUUAAUGGUAUUUCAAUUCUAAACAUCGAGAUUAAAUUAAAAAUGAAAAAUGUAUGACAACAAAAA